GCACGUCGAAAAUCGACGUUUUUAAACGGUGAUCGCGUUGUGCGACCAUUCGUCGGUGUUGUGCCUCGAUAAAACAACUAUAAUGGAUCAACCAUGACGCAUCCGAACCUACAAACCAACGGCGCCAGUUUGGAAGAUUGCCACACUAAUUUCUUUGCCCUGACCGAAUUAUCGGGUAUAAAAUGGCGUAAACUGGUGUGGUGCGAAGGAGGUGGUGUUGGGGGAGCGUACGGGGGCGCGCACCCCGCUGGAAGCGGAGGCGGGGAACCCCUCGAAGACGUCGUUUUGAGAAGUUACGCCCGGUGUCUUGCAGCGGAUAUCCUAUGCGUUUGGAGACGCGUUUCGGCACCUCAAGCGACGCAUCCUUUCGACUUGGUCCCACCACCACCGAGUCAACCGCCGCCCCUUAGUCUUGCUGCGGCUAAGGAACUUUGGAUUUUCUGGUACGGCGAAGAACCAGACCUCAAGGAUUUAAUUGCACCAGAUCUUUUACAAUGCGAAAGUGAACAAGGAUCGUGGGAAAGCGGUUUAUCAUACGAAUGCAGAUCGUUGCUAUUCAAGGCUUUACACAAUUUGAUCGAACGUUGUUUGUUAUCGAGGGACUUCAUAAGGAUAGGAAAGUGGUUCGUGCAGCCUCAUACGGGCUCUAGGAAACCGACGGACGCCAGUUCGGUGCAUCUAUCGUUUUCGUUUGCGUUUUUCGUGCACGGCGAUAGUUCCGUGUGCGCUAGCGUCGACGUCAGGCAACAUCCGCCCGUUCGAAAACUAUGCAAGAGCCACCUGCAUCAGGCGCAGGCGUCCACGUCGGGUUUGCAAGUUAUUCUUGCCCCGUUUGGAUUGGCGGGAACAAUAACCGGACAGACGUUUAAAAAUUGCGACAACGCUCGUCUUUUGGAAGAUUGGGGACACUUUUUUCCUUUAGACAAAAAUUAUUUGCAAUCUCCGACGGAGAAUGGAGUCGUGGAGGUGAUUGUUGGCGGGAUGAAGAUGCGAUAUCCCUCGGGCUACGUUCUCGUAACGGACAUUGACGAUACCGUGAAUAAUUCAGCCCCGACUUCCGUUGAUUCUAAUGUUACCACUCCUCUUGUUACCAUCACCAAUACAAAUUCCUCCGCAAAUGGCACCACCAAACAUGGAAAUGGGGAUUUUUCGAAUAUCCCAUCGAAUUUACAAACACCACCAGCAUCUCCUGUUCCAAUUAAUAGUAAAGUGCCACAUCCUGGGCCUUUUCCAGUUUCGGUGGAGCACCCCGCUUCUAUGCAACGGCCUUCAACGGCGGCUUCGGUGUUUCCGGAACGAGUUUGGCAAGAAUGUAUGUUGGGGCAAGCUGGGACGGCGCAAGGAUCUUCAGGUCCUGGCGAAUGGGAUUUUGUCGAUCCUUUAAAAAGGGUCAUCUGCUCGUGUUCAAGGUGUAGAAAGUACGUGGGCAGCAUGACGAGCAGUAAGUGGGCCUCGCCGCGGCCCUGCAAGGGGGCGCGGGGCAGAAUCCCCUUCCAUAGACGCUCCCCCGUGCCUCCAGAGAACGACAGGUGUGUGGGUUCGUGUACGCCACAUGGUGGGCCGCCUUCGUAUCCUCGUACGCAAGAAUCGCUCGCAAUUCCAUCCGUGGGAAGUCCGCAAUCGGCCGCACCAUCUCCGUUGCCCAAUCCGAGCUCGGAACAACCCGCGUCGGUGCCCCCCAACGAUCAAGGCAUGCUCAUUAUGCCGACAUUGUCGCCUAUACCGUCCACGACGGGGCAAUCGCCCGCUGAAAAAGUACUCAAUACGCAAACACCGGAACAACCGCCGAAAAGCACCGGAUCGAUAAUUAACAGCCCGCAUCCGCUAACAGAAACAAAAUGUAAUGGCGCGAACGAAAAUAGUAAUUUAACCACUUCAACAUUAACAGCUCCGAUUUUGAAAAGACCAACGUUAAGUUCAAAAGAAUACGAAUCGGCUGUUGGUGAAGAAGAUCUUACUUUGGAUUUACUUUAUGAUUUUUCAACAUUAAAUGCUUGGUUAAAUCAUCCUGUAAAGAAGAUUAAGUUGGAUUCGAAAGACAUCCAACGAAAUAACAGAUCAAACAAAGACUUGUAUUCUAUGUUUAAACAAAACGGGGAUUCGCUUACAAAUAAUGAUCUGUCUGUUAAUAAUAUUAGGAAAGAACCGUUUUUAAUUCAUGACAUUAAACAAGAACCAGGCCUUGAGAUGGAAACAGAAACAACAAUAUUACCCGGCCAUGGAAUAAAAAGACCGGGCGAUCCUUACGAUUUUGAAGAGGAAGGUCCAAAUAGUGAUUGUCAUCUCGAUAGUUUUAAACGUACCGGAAUUACAAUUAAAGAAGAGCCAAAAGAUGUUAAAAAAGACCUUAGAUUAUUGACCAAUGAAGAUCUCCAACCUUCGUUUAGAGAUCUUGAUGAGAUUUUUGAACAUUCGGAUGAUACAAGCAGUGAUGAAGCAUUGCACGCUCAUAUACAAACUCCACCCGAUUCUAAUAAAUCGAUUGGACACCACGAUGAUAACAAAAGACUUUCUGGACAUAGUAGUGGAAAUACAAGUGGGGGAAGUGCGGGAGCCGGUUGUUCGUUAAUUGGGGGACUUCGACCCGAGGAACUUAGUAAAAUGUUUCCUACACCUCCCAGUUUGGAACAUAAUCCGAUCGCUUCACCAAUUGGGCAACAAGAUUUACCACAACCGGAUUUAACCGAAUUGAGUUUAAUUCGAAAACAAGAUAUUUAUCCAAAUACGGGAAGUCCACAGGAAGAAAAUAUAGAAGACUGGAGUUUUGUAUUUAAACCUGGUACUGUUUGCAAAAUGGUUGGUUCGAGUAAAUACGCCCCACUGACAAACCUACCGAGUCAAACAUUACCGCCUGUGAUAUUUCCCUCAACUUACAUCUACAAGCCUUCAUGGGAACAACACACCGAUCGACAAGCUCAACAAACAAACCGCGAAACCAGCACACAACAACCUUCAUCAACCACGCCCGCCACUUCGAAUCCAAAGACCAACACCGUACAACAUAUUUUAUCUCAACAACAACAACAAACUCAACCGCAACAACCCCAACAAUCGUCGCAACUCUCUCAACAGCCCUCCAUACCGCAACUUCCGCCUGGAAUGCUUUCUGGUAUUCAUGGCAACUUCCCGUCAAGUCCGUUACCACCUAAUUUUAGGCCGCCUCCACCACCCUACGAAUUACCAAGCCCCGCAACUUCAACCGCGAGCAGUUACUUAAACAAAAACUUAAACAGUGUUGAACCGGUGUCAACUCCAACGACAGUGCAACGGACUCCCGAGGCUAGUUCUCUUUUAGUGAAUAUUUUAUUAACAGAUACUGCAUUAAACAUUUUCCGCGAUCACAAUUUCGAUAGCUGUACGUUAUGUGUGUGUAACGCGGGAAGUAAAUCGGCCGGGAAUAUUAAGGGGGCCGAUGCGGGGGUUUAUUUGAUGAAUGGACAAGGUAGUGACAGAUCAGUGCAUCAACCCAACAGUCCCUAUCAAUCGGGAAUGGGACAACCACCUCCUUAUGGAAUGUUAUCACCACCACAUCAUCCUCAUACACCGGGAAUCGAUGAGGACGCUGUUAGGUGUAGUUGCGGAUUUUCAGCGGUUGUUAAUAGAAGGUUAUCACAUCGAAGUGGGUUAUUUUAUGAGGAUGAAAUGGAAAUAACUGGUAUAGCUGAAGAUCCUGGGGAAUUAAAGAAAACAUCAAUGGUAUCAUUUUUACUUUCAACAAGUACCACAAAACAAGAACCAGGAUUAGAUCGCGAUCAAUUAGAUGUUGUACCACACAGCGUACUCGAUUUAGUUCGAGAUCAAUGCGUGAUGAUCCAAAGUACUGCAAAUUCUUUAUACCGAAUCGCUCGUUUCUUAUCAAGUCAACCCAACGUGAACGGAGUCUCGUAUUCAAAUACAAUUAAUUCGUUAGAGUUUCGCGAUGGGAAUGAUGUGACGAGCGUUGCUUUGGAGCAAAGUAAACACCCGGAUAGUUUGCCUAUGUGUAAAAUGGAAGAGACGAUUCAAAGACGAAAUUCGCACAGCAUAUCAGUGCACAGGUGGCCUUUCUUAAGAGCGUGUGGUCCUCAAUGCAAUCAAGAUAUAAUAAGAAUGAUGAAAAAUCUUCAACCGCUUUUACAAGAGGCGAUACAGAAGAAGAGUCAAACUAAACUUUGGGAUGCCCCUUCAGCUGUUAAAGGACCAUUAACUUGGAGACAAUUUCAUCGGUUAGCUGGGAGAGGUACAAAUGAUCGUUGCGAACCACAACCGAUUCCUUCGUUGAUUGUGGGUCAUGAAAAAGAUUGGUUGUCUUUAUCUCCGUAUGCGUUACAAUAUUGGGAAAGUUUAUUACUCGAGCCGUAUUCGUAUCCGCGAGAUGUAGCUUACAUCGUAGUCGCGCCCGAUAAUGACGCAAUCCUUCCGAGGGUGCGGACGUUCUUUAAAGAGUUAUCAUCAGCUUAUGAAAUGUGUCGAUUGGGAAGACAUUGUCCAAUUACGAAAAUUUUAAGAGAAGGCAUUUUAAGGGUUGGAAAAACAGCAAAAAUUAAAAUAGGAAAUGAACCUGUGGAGGAUUGGUUUACGUUGCUUGGGGAGGGUGAAGCGACUGAUAUGUUAAGGUUGUACGCGCAAGUUUGUAAGCAUCAUUUAGCCCCGCAUCUUCAACAAUUACCCAUGGAUAAAUCACUUUUGGAUCAAGCGCCCGAAAUUAUCGACAAAUCAAUGCCAAGUCCUAUGCCUCCACCAAGUACACCAGAUAGUAAUACGCAAUCAAGUGAUAAAGCUCCGUCUACACCAAAAAGUGAACAAUCUGAUCAAGAAGGUUUAUCAAGCAAAGAUAUUCCACAAUCUUCCGGACCAUCGUUGGACAUUCCACAUGACGAUGAAGAAAGUGAAACCCCCGCGAUUGUGAUAUACUUAGUUGACCCAUUUUCGAUGGGAACCGAUCAACCCGAAUUCCAAAGAAUCGCUUGUUUGGCUCUGUUACGUUGCUUCCAGUCAGUUCUUAAUUCGGUUCCAGAAAAUAUACGAAGUAAUAUUAGCGUGCAGAUCAUCUCUCAAGAAAGCAUCAUCGAAUUAGGAAAAGCUCGCGAACGAUUUAGAUUUAACGACCACAUGCGAUCCUUGGCUCUAAGCAUUUUUUCGCAAAGCCGGAGAUUAUUGAUGCAUACCAAUAGUGUUAAAUCACUCACUGGGUUUGGAACGGCUGCGAUGUGUGAUUUAUUCCUCAAAAAUAAAGACGAGAAAAAUCGAGCUCCAUAUAAAAUGUACACACCGCCGUACGUUUUAGCUCCAUUAAAAGAAAAAGUAGAAUCGAUCGAAUCUUUUGGCCAAGCUACUGAACAAGCCUCCGUUUUGUACCUGAGUUAUUGCCUAUCGGAGGAUCAGAGUUGGCUUUUAGCGGUAGUUACUGAUGAGCGGGGUGAAAUUUUCGAAACGAUCAUGAUUAAUAUCGAUAUUCCGAAUAGAAGUAGAAGGAAAAAGGCGUCCGCGCGCCGCGUUGGACUCCUAAAAUUAAUGGAUUUCGUGUUGGGGGUGAUGUCGCAAAACGUGAAACCUUGGAGAUUGGUCGUCGGGAGAUUAGGACGAAUAGGACAUGGUGAAUUAAAAGGUUGGAGUCAUUUGCUAAGCGGAAAAAAUUUACAAAAAGCAUCGAAACAUCUGAAAGAAAUUUGCACGCAAUGUUCUUUAACUUACCCGAGUACGGUUCCGUGUAUUUUAAGUGCUUGUCUUGUUAGUCUUGAACCCGACUCAGUUUUGAGAUUACUUCCGGACCAAUUCACCCCCGACGAACGUUUCAGCCAAAUCAGCAUUAACUCCCAAUUAUCAACACCUCAAGACGUGACUUGCACUCACGUUUUAGUAUUUCCAACAAGCGCGACCACCCAAUCGACUCAAUCAACCUUCCAAGAAACACAUUUAGACACGGGGGAUUUAGGAGACGACGAGUUAUUCCCCGUGGAUGAAAUCGACGAAAUCGACGAUUUAAAUGACAUUUUUAAUUGGUCAACGGGGCCUCAAAGUCCAACGGGACGCGAAGAGUUCCGCCCGGAUAGUCCUAGUAAUGUGAUGAACGCCGGACAUCAAGAUAGUCCGUUUCAAUGCGCCGGAAAUCAAAGAAAUAAUGAACCCGUCGAGGAGGUUGGGGCGGUUUUACAACAACCCCUCGCUUUGGGUUAUUUGGUUUCGACGGCGCCAACGGGGAAAAUGCCGAAAUGGUUUUGGUCGUCUUGUCCGCAUCUUGAAGGUGUUUGUCCGGCUUUUCUUAAAAACGCUCUUCAUUUGCAUAGCCCUAAUAUUCAAAGAUCCGAGGAUUUAUUACCGUUACCUCAUGUUACAUCACAUCCUUUAGAUUCUCAAUACACAACUGAUGUUUUAAGGUACGUUUUGGAAGGUUACAACGCGUUAUCUUGGCUUGUUUUGGAUUCAAAUACGAGGGAUCGCCUUUCGUGUCUCCCAGUUCAUAUACAAGUAUUGAUACAGCUGUAUCAUACGACAGCGGCGCUCCUUUAACCGAGGGGGGCACUGAAGUAGCACGGUACCCUAUUAAUUAAUUUUUUACGAGAAUACUCAAAAAAAAUGCAAAGAUGUGGACUCAUUUUUGUUGUUGGUAAUAUAUGUUCAAUUCAACUAAAUUUAGGUUGGUAGCAUUGAUUUUUGACAAGUAAUAACCUAAAAUAUGUGUCAAUUUUAAAUUUUUUUAAUUUUUUUUUGUAUUGAGCAUAUAUUUGUAAAUAGUCGUCGUUAAUUUAUUAAAUUAUUAUUUUUUUUUUCAUCAUUGUCUGAGAGAGUAUUGUGAUAUAACGAAUUUCUGAUUGCAUCGCCGAAUUUCUCAUCAUGGACCGCAACUGCCAAGCGUACUUCAGUGGUUCCCUUCGUGUCCGACUUUGUAUGUUUUGUUCGCAUAAUUAGGUUUGUAUAUAGUUGUAAAUUAUGUGCAUAACGUGGGAAUUAAUAUAUACCUAUUUUUAAUUUUAUUGUUGUGCCGUUAAGGUCGUAGCAUCCAUAACGAUGUAAUAGUAAAAGUAUUUGUUAUCUUUUAAAAUCUGAUAUCAAAAAUAACACUGGGGAAGCAAUUUUUUCAUCGUAAUGAGACGUAUCCACCUUCGUCGAAGCGGUAAUUAAGAUAAUUACGGUUAUUAAAAGAAAUGAUUAAUAGAUAAUUAAGUGAACAUGAAAUGGGUACAAUUUUUGUCUUAAAAUUUAAACGUUGUAAAUAAAAGUAUUUAUAUAAGAGGUUUAUUAGGUCGAUCCAGAUUUUGUACAGUAGCUACGGGAUUAAAUAAAUAAAUAAUCAAAAAAAAAUAAUUAUUAAUAAUUAAUUAAAAAAAUAAAUAAACGUAUUAAGACGAUUGCUUCACGCGUUAGUUUAGCCUUUAAAUAACGAAACUGAAUAAAUAAAUAAAAAUGAUACUGGGGCCAAUGGUUGAACUUAUCUUAUUAAUUGAAAUAAAUGCCUCAGAGCGACGUCGCUGCGACAUUUUUCAUAAACGGAUCUCAAAAUCAUUAUAACCAAUCUUCCAUCCUCCGUCUCAGUAUUGCCCCCUUUUUGUGUCCCCUAAAAAAUCGUCCUUUUCCCCCAAAACCCCAUUUUUCUUCAAUUCGGGACUGUUAAUUGUUAAUUUUUCACAGCGACUUUGUAAAUAGUUUCGUAUUGAUACCGAUGAAGCUACCUAGUUACUGUUUUAAGGAUGUCAAUUUUAGGGAAUUGGGAAUAAUAUUAACGAUGAUUAUGAUAGUUAAAUGAAUUUGUACAUAUUUUAUUGAUAUAUAUAUAUUAUAUAUAUUAGUUGAAUUAGCGACAAAAAUAAACACAUGAAAUGUUAAAUAACUUUAUAAAUAAUUAUAUACAUAUUACUUAAGUAUUAUUAAUAAACAGCUCCAAUGAGUAA